ACUGCCUCAUCUCUCCCGGCUCAAUUUUCCCAUAGCUUCAAGAAUCCAACGCUCUCUGCUUAAACACUCUCUCAUCCGCUCUAAACCCUCCAAGGACCAAAUCUUCCAUGGCGACGGCGCUGCAUUUGAGAACGCCGUGCCUCUACGUCGGCGACCUUCACCCGGACGCCACCGAGCGGGACCUGGAGAAUGCAUUUUCUCAGGUUGGCCCAUUGGAUUCCGUCCGCCUUUUUAGAAACCCCGCCUCUCGCAAAUCCCGCUGCUUCGCUUUUGUCAGCUUCUUCUGUCUCCGUCACGCUUGCAAGGCUCUGGGCAUGAACCAUACGAACCUGAGGGGAAAGCCGAUGAGGAUUAUGUGGUGGCAAAGGGAUCCAUUAAUAAUAAAAUCUGGAAUUGGGAACGUUUUCGUCAAGAACCUUUCUUCUUCGGUAACCAGCGCUCAAUUGGAGAGAUUGUUUAGUGGAUACGGAACAAUACUCUCUUGUAAAGUCGCACAAGACGAAAAUGGGAAGAGCAAAUGUUUUGGAUUUGUUCAGUUUGAUUCACAGCCUUGUGCCACUUCUGCUAUCACUUGUCUCCAUGGAGUUGUCUUUCAGGGGAAGACGCUAUAUGUUUCCUCAUUUAUGAAGAAAGAAGAGAGGAUGGCUACCCAUGAAGAUAAUAGAUUCACAUACGCGAAUUUGCAAAACAUUGACUGCAAUCUGACUGGGGACCCAUCAAGAGAAAGGUUCUCUAAAUAUGAGCAGGUCCCUAAUGCUGCGAUCGCGAGGGACGAAGAAGGGAAUUCAAGAGACUCUGGCUUUAUCAGACAAAACUCACACAAAGAUGCUAAGAAUGCUGUUGAGGCUCUUACCGGUAAACUUAAUGAUUUAGAACUGCAUGUGAGGAACCUAAGUGUAUCUGUCAAUGAAAGAAAAUUAGAAGAAAUAUUUGCCGUUUAUGGAGAAGUGACUUCAGUGAAGAUCAUUCGCCGUGAUGGGAUCAGCAAAGGGUGUGGCUUUGUAUGCUUUUCCAGAGCAGGAGACGCAAAAUCUUCUAUGGAUUCACUCAAUGGAACUACUUGUUAUGGAAAGCCUAUGCAUGUAACCUUGGCACUUUCCAGGGAGCCAAACAAGCCAAUGCCAAUCCAGCACUUCAAUCAUUAUCAGUCUUUCGAGUACCAAAAGACUGGCAGACAACUCACAUAUGAUUCAAAGAAACACUCAGGGGAGUUGUAUGAGAAGUCUACUCCUGGGGAUACACUGCCUGCCCAGAAACUGGGGAUUCAGAAGCAAACCAAAACCUUCUGGAAACCCAAAAACAAGAAUAUGGUCGAAGCUGGGACCCAGACGGAACGGAUCAUGGAAAAUAUGGAUGGGUGUUGGAUUUGGGAAGCAAACCACUCUGACUAAUUGGUAUCACCAAUUGGGAAAGAUUAACUAGCCAAGUACAUUCUACCACUGUCUCCACUUUUAAUCAAUAUUUCACUACACUUUCUUGUUCAUAAUUGUUGUUUUUGUAUUUUACAUUUUCUUGGGACCUGUCAAUACAAGAUAUUGACUUUCAUUUUUUUAGAAUCUGCUGCUUCAAUUUCAUUCUAAUUUUAGUAAAUGCAAGGUAAGGGU